GGCUGCCUGUAGCAGCUUUCCCCAUUUCCCGCUGCAGCCCGGGAGAUCGGAGGCGGCAGCGGCUGCGCUGAGCCUGCUCGGUGGCAUUCUGCAGGAUCGGGCAGGCUCCCGUUCCCCCUGGAGCGUCAGAAUGUAAGACCCAGGUGCUGCAGCCCCCAGAAAUGAGGAGGAGUUUUGCGAGAGGAAGUCCAGCAUCCUAGGAUAACUUUUGGGGCUGAGAGAAGGGGAACCUGAGAAGAUCUCACAGGAUGGGACAGAACUGGCCGGGAGAGGCGGUCCUGAAGCAAAAGAAACGUCAUCUGGCUGGGGUGCAGUGCCCCAAACGUAGCCAUGGAAGGUCUCCCCUUGGGAAGAAUCCAUGAUUUCGUUAUGAAAGAAGUCCAGCAGCUGCUUCACAACAAGUUUGUAGCAGUCCUCGGUGAUUCCAGACUACCCCAUUGCCAGCUUUGCCGGAGCUGGGUCUGGCAGACUGCGGUUCACUCAGUACUCUCCGCUGGAUCACGCUGGUUCUUAAAUGCACCAAGCAUUCGAGGACACCGUGAAAGAUUUCACCGAUCGGUUUAUAAAGACAUGAUCUACUUUCUGCAACACAAUGAGCUUCUUACUGUUAAGCAGCUGCAGUUUAAGGGGGAGUCCUUUGAAAAUGACUGCCGAGUGGAAUGGAAAGGACUACACAACGGAAUCCAUUAUCGCGAGGUCCGCCAGUACUGCACCCCUCACCACCUUGUGCGUCUCUACUUCAUCACCCGCCUUUAUUCGGCCUACUUGGAGAGUGUCCUGAGUGACUUCCGGACCGGGCCACCACCAGAUGUCUUGAUCGUCAAUUCCUGCCUCUGGGACCUCAACAGAUACGGGAAAACUCUCGCGACUGCCUUCCGAAAAUACCAGCAGAACCUGGAGACGUUCUUUGAGAGACUGACCGACGUCCUCCCUCCGUCCUGCCUCGUCAUUUGGAACACAGCGAUGCCAUUAGGACCAGAUGUCACAAAGGCCUACCUCGAGAAAGGGAUGAAGAAUCGGUCAACUCCUACAGAUGUGAUCAAGGCCAACUUCAUUAGCGCCACCGUGGCUUGCACCUACAAGUUCGAUGUCCUGGACCUGCACUACAACUUCCGCUUUCUCGAGAGUAGCCGUUGCCAGGAUGGGGUCCAUUGGGAUGCCUGGGUGCACCGGCUCAUUACCAAACUCCUGCUGACCCACAUGGCUGAUGCCUGGGGAGUGAAACUUGAAAUGAGGAAACCUCAAGGAAUAAAGUGUAAUGGAAGUGCUACACGUUCGUAUGCUUCUCCACAGCGGCCGUUUUAUGAACCACUGUCAUGGCAACCCUUUCCUGAACCUUGUUCACAAUUUCCUCCUCCACGGCCACCGCCUCCUCGGCUUUGGGAGACUCCGCCACCAUAUUCUAUGCCCUUGCCCUAUCGCCCACCUGAAAAUGGCAUCUUCCCUUUCCAGUUGAGAUUCAACAGUGAUCCCGAUUUCCACCAUGACACUGUCCCCAGUCAAGGAUUUUUCAACUUUGAAAAUGACCGGGGUUGUCCACCCCAUUUGGAAGGAAGGCCCCCCAGUGACUUCCACAAUCCUGGUCCCGUUGAGCCUGAAGAGUGGCGGCACCUUUCACCUUAUGCUGAGUCUGAGCUGCUUCAAGAGCCCCCCUAUGGGCACCGCAAUGACUUCGUCAUGCGCCGCCCUCCCUCGCACCGGGGCCGUGGGGCCUUCCCCUACCGCAGGGCUCGGUUUCGCCGCCCGCCACCUCAGGAGCCUCCCUUCUAUAGCUGGAAUGGCUCUUGGAGACCUCCCUGCUCCACGUAGCUGCAGCUCUCUUAGGCGGUGCGUGCAGAUGGGAGGGGCCCGUCCAUCGGAGGCUGCCGAGGGCUUCUGCCUGCACCUCCCGCACCGGCCUACGGCUCAGCCAGGGAACCCCUUUGGUUGCGUGCUCUAGAUGGGACUGCACCACUCCUCGGACGCAGGGCUCGAGCCGAAGAGCUGCUGCCCUCCCGAUACUCCUCUUUCCCCCCUUCCUCGUAGAAGCCGGACGUCUUCACAACCAGCUGUCUCGGCCAUGGUCUGAAGUAUAGCUUCUCAUAGGCUCUUGCAAUACUGGCCUCAACCUCCUUUAUUGGUUUUUAGCACAAUCAUGCUGUCCUUUUCCAACGUUCAUGUAGCAAAGUCCUGGUACAGCAGGGUUGCCAUAUUCUGGCUUUCCAAAUCCGGGUGCCUAAUUUGCAUAUUAUGCAAAUUGGCUUGAACAUGAUUUCUGAGCAGAAUAGUGACUGCACAUUUUGCUUCAGAACUCCGCUUCUACAAGGGCUAGAGCUUAGCUAAGAAAGAAAGAAAGAAAGAAAAAGAAAAAGAAAGAAAGAAAGAAAGAAAGAAAACCUGGGCGAAUCUGGGUGGGCUAAGCAACCUGGGUGAGAUGCUUAAAAUCUGGAUGAAACCCGGAAUUUCGGGGGGGGCGGCAUGGCAACUCUAUUGUAGAGUCACUUUAAAAGUCAGAGUUUCCCCAAAACAGUAUUAACUUUUCGGAGGAUGGCAGGGACUUGAGGCCAAAGAGAGAUGGGGCCAUGUCCCCACGGCCUCUGCUGCCCAGCUCCUUCCAAGAGCAUAGCUCUUUGGCGGCAUCUCCAUUUAGCAUGACCAGACCCAGAUCAGGGGCUGAAGUGUGACGAUAGCAAGCGGGGGGGAACUGAUCUGCAUGUUGUGCUUUGGAACUGUUGAGAAAGCAGGCUGCAGUGCCUUGCUUCUGGCUCGCGGCCCACUAGCCCACCUGCUAGGGGCUGGCCAGUGAAACCACUUGCACGGACUGGCUGAUCCAGCCCCAAGGAAGGGCCGUCCCUUUAAGUGCCUUAAUCUCUCCUCUGCUGUUGCCUGUUGCCUUCCCUGCAAGGGGAUAUGUGUGUAUGUGAAUGUUGAUGUUUUGCACUAGAGUUCCCUGACCCAGAUCAGGCAGGGGGAAAGACAUAAUCCAGCAGGAAGGUCUCUUGCACAAACCCCAUUGAAGCGAGUGUGAGAGACAUUUUGCACACUUCAGUGGGACGCAUGCAGGAGACGUUCCUUCUGGAUGGUGCCCACUCCUUGAAACAGCUAAGAGGCCAAAAGCUGUCCAAACUGAAUGUAUUUUUUAAAGACAUAUUUUAAAACCCUCCAAGUGAAAAGCAAACCACCUCUCGUAAGCUAAAUGUUGGCUUACUGGCACAGAAGAGGUUGUGUGGGAUGGAGGGACUUUACUUUUUAAAAUAAUUAUUGGAGACCUCUUUUUUCAGAAGCAACAUUUAUUUGAAUGUAAGAAUAAAGGUCUUUUAAAAAAUA